ACUGAUGUUAAUAUAAGCACAACCAGGCAACAGACCAUUCUUAAUUUGCAUCCGUUUCAAAGAAGCGUGGAUAUGUAAACGAUUCAAUAACAGGGUGAGAGAGCAGGUAGUGGCGAGAUCGUACUGCAGCUCUGAAAGAGCAAGUAGAGGUGGGAGCGUACUGCUCAACACUAUGAGAACGAGGUUGGCAUUUGCAGUUCACGAGCGACCCUUGGCGGUUUGCGCAGGUGCGUUUAAAUGUAUGUCCCGACGUGACCUUUGGAAAGAAACGGCUACAGAAAAUGGCAGCCAACGACAGCAACGAAACCGCGGCCGAGUUCCUGGCUCACACAACGCAGCAGCUCUUGGAUGGGGUAGUGGGCAUGGGUAUUGCUAUGGGGCUGGAGACUGGGCUGUUUGAGGUCAUGAUCUCGCUGGGAGGGGAACCCAAGACCAGCCAGGAGAUCGCUGAUGCUGGCAAUUAUAAGGAAAGAUAUGUGAGGGAGUGGCUGGGAUGCAUGACCAGUGCGCGGAUCGUCAGCUUUGACUCGGAGGCGGAGCGAUUCUGGCUCCCCGCCCACCGAUCGGGCAUCCUGGAGCUGAAAGGACUGGCGCUAACCCCGCCCAUUCUGUACGGGGGGUUCCAUCAAGUGGCCGAGUGUUUCAAGCGAGACGGACCGUCGGGUGUUUCAUCAGAACAUUAUCCCAAGUUUGACGAGCUGAUGGGCUUCAUGCAAGGCCCGUUCUUUCGUGACGAGCUUGUACAGAAGGUGAUCCCUUCAAUGCCACAGCUCCUCAAGCAACUGAAUGAUGGGAUCGAGGUACUGGAUGCCGGUUGCGGAAUUGGCGACUCCACCAGAAUCAUGGCCAGUCACUUCCCCAAGAGUCGAUUUUACGGGCUCGAUUUCUCUGAGCACGCCAUCGGCAGUGCCAGGGAAGCGGCAGCGCAGUCCGGCCUGACCAACGUCGAGUUCACCCGGGGAGACCUGGGCGAGAUGCCCGCAGACUGGGCCGGCAAGUUCGGGUACGUGUUCAUGAACUUUGUGCUGCACGAUCUACCGUACCCAGCCAAGGCCGUACGGGAGAUGUACCGGGUGCUUUGGCCUGGCGGGACGCUCUCACUCAUCGAGACCAACGGCUACUCCAAACUGAGUGACAAUCUCACCAAGUACGAGGACCAGGGCAGAGUCAACGUUGAGUACACUUACAGUCUGUACAACUGCAUGCCCACCUCGUUGGUCUGGGAGGGAGGGGAUGGGUUUGGUGCAUUCUGGGGGCGGGAGGAGGUUCAGAAGAUGCUGGAGAAGUUCAAGUUUGAGGUUGUGUCUGUUAUUGAAGUGACGACAGAUGCACUGCAUCUGAUGUGCCGUAAACCCUCAACACAUGAAUAAAUGCCACAUAAUUCAUGUUACAGAAACUGUAAUGGUAAAAGCAACAUCGUCGGUAUCGAUACCGAUGCUGAUUGCGAUUCCGAUACCGGCACCGAUAAUUUUUUCGAGUUUCCCCACGAUUUCAAUGGGAUAAAUCUGGCAACAAGCUCAUUUCAUUUUGUAGAUACAUGUAUUCAGCAGGCAAUGUAAGGUGGUUGGAGGAAAGACCUUUCCGUAUUCAAACUUACAGAUAGCCUGUCCUACUCAAUGCCAUUUGUUAAGACACGGAUAUAUAAAUGAAAGAAUGAAUGCACGGGUGUGAGAUUCGUCUUUCUUUUGAGCUUGUAAUGUUUUGAUCAAGAUCGAUGAGCUUGCAUUGCAAACAGUAUCUCGCUAAUAUGGACACUUUCUGUGACACUUCAAUUAUUCUUUGAAUCAAUAUUACAAUAUUGGCAUUAGGGAGAAAGAACAAUUCUUGGGCUGACUUAGUUUGUAAUAAGAAUAUAUAUAUAUAUAUAAAAAAAACCCAAAAAUUUGAAGAUGAAAGCCUGUCAGCUAAAGUUCUAAAUUUAUUCGCCGAUAUUUUAUAUUUGCUUAAUAUUUUCUUUCAUUGUUGAAUAUCUCAUUAGUCUAAAAUGUUUGUAUCAGUAACAUCGGUAACAUGGGAACACUUUUCUAUUUGGCCUCAAUAAAGGAGAAGAAAUCAUGUAAUUUACCUGAUAUUUCAA